AGACAGAAUGAAGUUCAUUAUCAGCCAAAUUUUUAUUGCUUUCAUUUUAAUCUCAACGUUUAAUGAAGCUUGUUGUGAAAUUGUUGACCAAAAGAGAAGAUUAGGUCGAAUUCUUGAAAAAUUAAACGAGAAUGAGAAAGGAACUUUAUAUGAAGUGAAAAGUUUGAACAUGGACUGCGCUAAAGAUUUAUUUAAAUUCCCACAAAAUCAAAAAAUGAUAUUAAAUGAAAUGGAACAAAUUAUGAUAUAAACGAAAUGGUCUUUAUUAUGGGAGCAAAGCUCAAGUGUUCUAAUGAGGAACUAUCACUUCAAUUCAACAUCACCAGCUUUGAAAGAAAGGGUGUGCAUUUUUAUUUGAACUGCCUAAAAUAUCACCUAAAGGUCCUCGAGCCGACAUCAAAAUUAAUUGAGAAUUUUGCAAUUAGCGAAGAAGACAUCAAAAUAUGCAGCAAAAGAAUUUAUGUUGCCGAGAUUGAGCAACUUCAACAAAUAUUUGAAGAAAGUGUGAACCAAAAGACAAGUGUAUUUACAUGUGGGGCAGUAAGUGGUGCAAAUGAUUAUGUGAAAUUCAUUGCUAAAAAUGCGAUAUUACAAAAAGGCAACAUACAUAAAGUGUUAAGAGAAGUUGAGAUGAGAAAUAUAAAAGAAUAUUUUCAAAAUGUUGUAAUCUCGACUGUUGACUGUAUUACGAAAAGAUUUGAAGACAAUCCUUCAGCUUUUCUAGCAAACAACACCUUAAAUUACUUCUUCAAGAAAUCACUGAUUCCAUCAAAAGCCGAAUUUUAUUUCCAAGAAUCCAUAACACUAGCUGAAGUUGAAAACAAUGUUGAUUCCGAAUGUAUUAAAGAGAAACUAAAAUUAACUGAAUUUGGAAACACGACACUUCUUCAAGAAGAAGCAGCAAUUUUUAUCGCAUCGGCAAAGUCAAAAUGCAAUUUGAUUAAUUUUAAAAGUAUUUUAAAAUCAAUUAUCAAUUCAGUAGACGGACGAUCUUGGGACAGCGGGUGUUCAAAGUAUUAUUUACACAAAUUAGAGCCAACAUCUAAGCUUGCAAAUUAUUCGAACGAUGACAGUGAAAAUAUAGAAGAUUCUUGUAAGAACUACGAACCGCUAAUUUAUCUUUAUCGCACUAUAAAUAUUAAAUACGAAAAUGCAAUUGGUAAAUUGACAGAAACAACAUGUGGUUUGGUUACUGAUGAAUUCUUGAAAGCGAUUUCAUAUAAAACAAUUUUAUUGAAAGUUGAGGAAGACGAAGCAAUUAAAAAUAGUGGAAUGGAAGAACUUUUGUCAUCUGUAAUUGAAAAGCUACAUAGGCUGGCUGAUUGUGUUCUUAAAAAUGUUGCUUAAUUAACAUUGAAUUCUUAAGUUGUGCUGUAUUUGGUUUAGAGAUCAUAAUCUUAGUUUUCUGGCUCUGAAAU